UCAGGCCUAUAAGUAGAGGCAUGAUUUUACACAAGCUUCAGAUACCGGUCACGCGCGCAAGGCGUUCCCAUACUGAAAGCUCAUCACAUUAUAGAAUAAAGUUAAUAAGUGGAACCUGAACAUCAAUAGUAACUUUCACCGUUUGAGCAUGGUCUGGACUUUAAGUUCACUUGGAAAUCCUCUAUAAGUUAUUGGUCAUGGGGGGAAAUAAGAUUAAUCCAUCAGGAUCACGUUACGAUCUAUAAUUACAUCAUCAUUUACACUCCGACUCCGUGUUGUUCAUGAUCAGGUGAUUUGUAGGAUGUAGAAAUCCGUCUCCAGAUUUUGAGUGAGUUUUAUGAACACGGUAACGUCCCUACACGCACCUCAGACAAGAUUUUUCACUUUAUUCGGUUUAUUCUAAUUCUGUAACCUUGACAACACUGUGACGUCAUGGCUCAGCCAGCAAUAAAACAUUCCACUCAGCUGAAGUGGUCUUUGGUUUCUACAGACAGAUCACUGAGAGACUUGUUUCUGCACGACAGAACGAUUUUCAAAAAUGAGGAGGAAUCACAAAAAGACACCUCAGCAUCAAGCUAUGCAGGGAUUAAGGAGUAGUAAAAUGGACAUAGUGUCCAGAACAAGAGAAAAAGCAGCAAUGACGAUCACUCCAGAAUCGAGUAACAGGCCUACAAACCAAGAUUUCUUGCAGCAAACUGCACGACCUGAGGAAGUUCUGCAUAGAACGCCCAGAAUGGAUCCGAUUGGUCUUCCCCCAUCCAGAGCACCGGUGUGUGGGGAAAAGUUAAGCAAAACAACCAGCAAUCCUGAGGAACUUACAGGUACUACAGAGGUAAAGAGUAAGUCUCUUGAGGCUACAAUUGAGGUAGAACCUCAAUUAAGAACCAACAUUACUGAUGCUAUCCUGGAUUGUAUAACCUCUACAUCGUUCAAGAAUCAGCUCGCUCUGCGCAUUGUGGGUGAGAUUGAUGAUAUACUAGCAAAAGCUGUGUCCCAGGUUCACGAGAAACAGCAUGCUGUGAGUUUCGAAACAGCAGAAGAUAAGACGAACAUCUCCCCGGAACAACAAUCGAGCAACAAUGUUUUCAUGCCUGGCUUCAGUGAUGGUGUGGCAUCUGUGCUUGGUUAUGCACUGAUAGAAGUUAGAGAACAUGUGAAAAAAACUUUUAGAAGCCAGUCACACAAAUUUCAGACAGUCUCACCCACGGCAUGCGAUUCUGUAACAGAAAUAGUGGACAGCGUCUUUGAAAGCAUGCUUGAUUCCUUGACUGCUCAACUGAAACCAGAUGUUUGCACUGAAAGGGAUCCUAGCAUGAUUGAUUCUCUUUAUAGUCAUGAGUUUGAUACAGUGUUUGAUAGUAUCCUUCCCAGCACUGACUCAGAUUUCAACCAGAGUCCAGUCCAUGAGCCAAGAGGAAGUGAUGAUGAGUCUAGUGUGACAACUCAGGGCAGUGAGACAUUAGACAUUGUGAAAGAGAGAGCUGACUCCCCAAGAAGAUCUACCAAAGUCCCGUUCUCCACAGUAUUUGACCAGUCUUCUGGACCUGAAGUUAAGGCCAAAGAUGAGGUUGAGGGCAUCUUGGCUGAUUCUGGAAGCAUGAGCCACCUUGAUGACCCUCUGACUUCAAGAAUCAAAUCUGACUCCGAUUCGGAUACAAGCGUUCUUGAGCUCACUGCUACUUCUGCAACGGAAAAUGUUGACCACAUGUCAAGAUCUGAUGAAGUAGCAGAAGAAGGACUUGUGGCUAAAUCAGAUGUUGAGCUUGAGCAAAUCAUGGCUGCUCCUUCUGAGGAAAACACUCCUUCUGACAUAACUUCCCAAAGCCUUGAGCUGAUUGGACACCAGGAAUGUGCUAGCCCUGUCCCUUCACCACCUUCUAGUGAUCAGCCAGGAUCUGCCAGCUCUUUGCCAAACAGAGCAUCUUUGACCAGUCUCACCAAAAUGUAGAGAGUGAUGGCAAGCGUAGACUUUCUCUGACUGGCAUGGAAAUGGGUUCUUCUGGAAGCAGAAGUCGCCUUGAUGAACCUCAGUUCAUCUGAAACUUACAACGUUGAAGAAGCUGCAGCAAAAUCAGCUGGAUACAAAGCAGUACUAUGUUGAAAUUAUUCUGACGUAUUAAAUCAUUGCAAAUAAAUGAACCAUCCAUUCAUUAUCUUUUUACACUGUUCUUUCUUGUAUCCAAAUUGUAGCCUCCCCAAGAGGACUGUCGUGGGAAAUAAUCUUUCCAGCCUAACAAAAAGCUUCAGAGACAGAGGGUUUGUAGAUGUCAAAAGUAAUUAAACUUUAUUGAAACAAUAAAGUGAGACAGUCUGCAGAAAGUCUAAAUUAUGCAACCACACACAGCCCUUUUUAUACCUUUCUCCACAGCAAACUCAUCUUAGGUGGGGUUUUACCUUUUCUCAUUAAAAAAAAGACCAGUCUUCUUUGGCCACAAUUAAUUAUUCAAAUCUAUAUGUUAUCUUAAAUUUGUGGAGCAUGCGCAGUUAGUUGUUUUACUGGAAAAGGUUUUAUGAGGACAAGGUUUCUUUUUUUAAAAAGAGUCUUUGUUUUUCGUUCGUCUCUGACCAACACUCCCUUCUUAUGUCUCAAUGAGCUUCUGUCUGUUUCUAUCUGCCAUCCUAGCUGAUAUCCACCUCCCUUCCUGAGCCCUUUCAUAUAAAAUGCAAUUAUUUCAAUACAGUAAUUUCAAUGCAUCAUAUUUCACAAUGGCUAACAUGGCUAAUUACAAUGAAUGCAAAUUAUAUGCUUUAAUUAAAAAAAAAACAAAAAAAAAACAGCUGUGGUUGCUUAUUCCACUUGUAAUUUCAGGUGUAAUUUGCAGUUGUAAUUUUUCAUGAAGUCGUCAGCCAGUAACAGUCAGGACGAGACUGGGUAGUGGAGGUGUGAUAUGAACAGGGUAAGAGACAAACAGGAGGUUUGCCUUACUGAAACUUCAACAACUUUUUGUACUUCAGCAAUGUUAAAAUAAAAUAAUUGAAAUAAUCUUUUUUGAGACGUGUUGCUGCCAUCAAAUUGAAAAUUACCUAUUUUUCCCUUAAAAUUGUACAUUUCCUCAGUUUAAACAUGUGAUAUGUGUUCUACGUUCUAUUGUGAAUAAAAUAUGGGUUUAAGAUUUGCAAA